UGGUGUCGUAUAAAUUGGGACACCUUAAAAGGAUACACACUAUAUAUACGAGGUGAAAAAUCCUUGGAACAUUUCACUUCAUUCCUAACCUGGUCAUAAUGGGCUCUUCCUUUAUUACUACCAAAUUUUUCUUGCUCUUGAUAUGCUCAGCAUCUUUCAUAACAAUUUCUGCUCUUAAUUCGUCAACUUUGAACACUACACAUAUUUCUUCUUUAAAAUCCUUGUGCAAAUCCACUCCAUAUCCAGAGUCUUGUUUCAACACAUACAAGUUAUCAAUCUCCAUUAACAUCAGCCCAAACAUCUUAAACAUUCUCCUCCAAUCUCUUCAAGCAGCAUUAUCAGGAACAGGACAACUCACUACUCUGUUUUCCUCUGUAGGACGCUCAAAUCUUGUCGAAAAACAAAAGGGUAUUGUCCAAGAUUGCAAGGAACUACAUCAAAUCACAAUCUCUUCGCUAAAAAAAUCCGUCUCACGGAUCAAUACUGCAUCAGCUAACUCCAAACAUUUAGCUGAUGCAAAAGCAUUUCUCAGUGCAGCACUGACAAAUAAAGCUACUUGUUUAGAAGGACUUGAUUUCAGCACUGGAUCGUUGAAAUCUACAUUGAUUAACACUUUAAGCAGUACUUACGAGCAUGUUAGUAAUUCUCUGUCUAUGCUCUCAAAGUACUCUCUUAAAAAACAGAGUUCUCUGUUUCAAAAACAGGGGAAAAAACAGAGUACUCUGUUUAAACAACAGGGGAAUGGAAAUAGGCGGCGCCGGCUAUUGUCAGCCAGCGAACCAAAGUGGCUGUCACGGAAGGACAGGCGCAUAAUGCAGGGUGCUAACGAUUAUAACCAAGAUGAUGAUUUAACAUUUACAGUCGCAGCUGAUGGAAGUGGAAAUUUCAAUACCAUAAGUGAAGCUAUUGAUUUCGUACCGAAUAACAGUUAUGAUAGGGUCUUUAUAUAUAUAAAAGAAGGGGUUUAUCAAGAAAAUGUUGAGAUUCCAAGUUGGAAGACUAACAUUGUUCUUCUUGGAGAUGGGAGUGAUGUUACUGUCAUUACUGGUAAUAGAAGUGUUGUUGAUGGUUGGACUACUUUCAGAUCUGCUACCGUCGCUGUAUCCGGUGAAGGGUUCUUAGCUCGUGACAUUACUUUUGAGAACUCAGCUGGACCCGAGAAGCACCAAGCAGUCGCCCUUCGUAUCAACGCAGACUUGGCUGCCGUCUACAGAUGCACCAUAACCGGUUACCAGGACACUUUAUACGCCCACUCAUUCCGACAAUUUUACCGUGAAUGUGACAUUUACGGGACAGUAGAUUACAUUUUCGGGAACGCAGCUGUUGUUUUCCAAGGAUGUAACAUUGUCUCAAGGUUACCAAUGCCUGGUCAAUUCACCGUAAUUACAGCCCAAUCGCGCGAUUCUCCUGAAGAGUACACUGGCAUCUCAAUACAAAAUUGCUCAAUUUUAGCAACAGAAGAUUUGUACUCGAACUCUAGUACAAUCAGUAGUUACCUAGGUAGACCGUGGAGAGAUUAUUCUUGUACUGUAUACCUAGAAUCGUACAUAGACGAUUUUAUUAAUCCCGAGGGGUGGAAAGAAUGGUCGGGAAAUCAAAGUUUGGAUACUUUAUAUUACGGAGAAUAUGCAAACAGUGGUCCGGCAUCGGAGACCGAUAAUCGGGUUACAUGGUCUGGAUAUCACAUAAUGGACUAUUAUGAUGCUUCCAAUUUCACUGUCUCAGAGUUUAUUACUGGAGAGGAAUGGUUAGAUUCUACUUCUUUUCCUUAUGAUAAUGGAGUGUAAGUAACUAAGUGUACUUCUUCCCACAAAUCCAAAAAAUGUUAGACAUGACCAUACCCGUAAUGUAGCAUGUGGGCUCAAGUGAAUUCAGUUUAUCCAAGAGUAUAUAUGUAUUAAGAAAUUUAUUAAAUACAUAAUAAUUGUGAUUCUGAUUAUUAA